UGAGGAUGCUGAAAACCCACAGCCUUCACACUUAGCCACUGUGGUCAACCAGUAUGUAGAUUUUAAAUCAUUGUCAUAUAUCUGUUUAUAUAUGAAAAGUAAGUAGAUAGUAUCAACAAAUUUUUUGUAUAUAUUGUAAUUCUUUUUUUCUUCUUCUUCUUUUCUUUCUGUCUGUCCGGUGCUCCUCAAGUAAGGACCCAGUUGAUUUGGCUGAGGCUGCAGUAUUAAUGGAAUGGUAUGACAUAUCAUCAAAUGACAGUACUGAUGAAGAGUACCAGGCAAGGGGGGCCCCACUUGAAAGCAGCUCUGACAGUGACUCUGAUGAUUUGGACUGUUUGUCCCAGCAGGACACUAUGUUCGGUUCUCUUGAGCCACUGUCAGAGGUUUUUGCGAGGGAACAUUAUGAUCCUGGAACCCAGAAGUUCAUAUGGCAGAAGUGGGAAAACAUGCCGAGGCAGUUUGAAUUCUCCAGGCAUCCUGGGAUCAAUGCUCCCGACCUGGACAAGGAAUCCAGCCCUUUGACUAUUUUCUCUAUUUUCAUUACUGAUGAACUUCUGAAAAUACUUGUCCAGGAGUCUAACCGGUAUCACUACCAGCAAUCUCCAUCCUACUCUGCACACAAGAAAGCUUGGUUUGACAUUUCAGUUUCUGAGCUGAAGGCCUAUCUGAGUCUGUGGCUCUUGAUGGGUAUUGUGCCAAGGCCAGAAUUGAAAUGGUAUUGGUCAACAGACCCCCAGCAUGUCAUGCCUGUGUUCUCUGAGACAAUGACAAAGGACAGGUUUGAGGCUAUCACUGGGUGCCUCCAUGCAGCUGACAACAGUGGCAAGCAUGCUGCUGGUGAUCAGCUCUGGAAGUUGCGCCCAGUGAUUGACCUGAUCUCUCUUCAAUUUUUGGCUGUUUAUUCUCCACCUAGGAGGAUUACAGUUGAUGAGAGUCUCUGGAGAUUCCACAAUCAAGCAUGCUCAAGGGUCAAGGUGUACAAGCUUUUGGUGGCUCAUGGCCCUGCUGAGGUCUUAUGUUUGUGCCUUCAGAAUAUACAUGGGCCAAGACAAAGGUGAACUACCAGCAUCAUAGAAGGCUAUCAUUGACUUGAUGGGAGCAGCUGAGCUGUUUGGAAAGGGUCAUAUUCUUUUUACCGACAACAGGUAUAGCUCUCCUGCCCUAUUCCAUUACUUGCAGAGUCAGCAUACAGAUGCUGUUGGUAUGGUGCAGCCAAACUGCAAGUACAUGCCAAAAGACCUGCAGGUGAAGGUUUGUGGGGGUGUGGACUACAGGAGCACAACAACAGGAAUGUAACCAUGCUCUCCACAAUUCACACCAGCGAAAUGGUUACAGUCUUGAUUGAGAGUGGGUGUGAAUGCACCAAGCCCAAGGUAAUAGUGGACUACAACUCUGGUAUGAAGGGGUCAGAUUUGAGCAACCAUCUGGUUCAAUCCCACCCAGCAUUUUGUAAGUACAUCAAGUGGUACAAGAAGGUACUCUUCUACCUUCUGGACAUGGUAGUGGUCAAUGCCUUCCUGGUGCCCAAAGCACUUGGAGGGCAUAUGGCUCAACUGGAGUUCCGGGAAGAACUAGCUCAUGAGCACCGACUUGAAUACUGACGCACAACUUUGGGAUACCAGAGCCGUUCCACCCCCACUUUUGAGAGCCGUCUCCAAAGGGCAACAAAACACACCCAGAUAAGAACUCCAGGCAAUAAAUAUCGUCGAUGUUGUGUGUGUUACUCACAUGGUAUAAGGAAAGAAACAAGGAUACUGUGCUCAUUAUGUAUGGUUGCACUGUGUCAGUAUGAGUGCUUUGACUUGUACCACAGUAAGAAGAAAUACUGAGUACAUGUCCAUGUCACUAUUAGUGUACCAUAUUGUAAAUACUUUUAGAAAUCUAUAUACUUUUAGAUAAAUAAAGUUUGAAUAAAAAAAUUCUUUCUAUACCAGUAUCAGCACAUAUAAUCAGAAAAAAUUAAAUUGGUAAACAUA